AUGUCUUCUUAUUCUACAUCCCCGACUCCCACAGUUAAGCUUGCCCAAGGAACAGUGGUAGGUACAACGCUCGUAAACGGCAAUUUACCCGACAUCGAAGCAUUUCGAGGCAUCCCAUAUGCCAUUCCUCCAAUAGGCGAUCGACGUUUUCGAGCACCAAUUCCCGUACCUCCAUCAGAUGACACGAUAGAUGCUUCCAAGUUUGGACAUGUUGCGCCGGGCAAGCCAUUGUUCCAUGGAGGACCAGCAUAUGAGUACAGUGAAGAUUGCCUGACAGCCAAUGUCUUCAGAACUCGUCGAUCUCAAAAGGAAGACUCGGAACUAUGGCCUGUGGCUGUGUACUUCCAUGCCGGUGCCUUUAAUCGAGGGACAUCAUCAAUGUACAAUGCCCCGUCUUUUCUCGCGCACUCUGGCCAGCGACUCAUUGUUGUAACAUUCAAUUACCGGAUCGGCGCACUAGGGUUUCUGCCAUCCACAUUGAGUGCUGAAGAGGGCGUGCUUAAUCUGGGAUUGAAAGACCAGGCUUUGUUGAUGGAAUGGGUGAAGGAUAACAUUGGAGCAUUUGGAGGAGAUGCAAACAACGUUGCCUUAUAUGGUUUAUCGGCCGGCGCACACUCAGAUCCGCAAAAGUCACCGUUGUACCAUAGGGUAAUUAUGGAAUCUGGCGCUCCUACUUCUCGUGCGGUUCGGCCAUACAAUGCGCCUACUCACGAGCAGCAAUUCUCAGAUUUCUUGCGCGAGGUUGGAUGUCCUUUAGGACUAUCGUCCAAGGACACAUUUGCAUUUCUACGACAAGCUCCAACAGAAGUCAUUCAAGCCGCCCAGAUCAAGGUGUUCAACAAUUACAAUCCAUCCCUAUCGUGGGCUUUCCAGCCUGUCAUUGACGGCGAGAUGAUUCCUCGACCACCCAUAGAGUCCUGGCGUCUAAAUAAGUGGCGUAAGGUCCCGAUCAUGACUGGCUUCACUCGAAACGAAGGAUCAAUAUAUAUUUCCAAAUCUGUAUCGGAGUCCUCACAAUUCACGCAGUUCUUCGCAGAAUUGUUGCCUCUUCUAUCAAGCGAAGACAUCGAGACGAUUCGAAAUCUCUAUCCAGAUCCGCUGGAGUAUAAAGACUCGCCAUACAACGAGCAGCUCAAAGGCACAGGCGCUCAAUAUCGCCGAUUGGAGGCCGCUUACGGACACUACGCGUAUGUGGCGCCUGCCCGUCAAACAGCAGAAUUAGCAUCCACGUCAAUGGGCAAGCCAGUAUACUUAUACCAAUGGGCUCUCGAAAGCACCAAGCUAGACGGGGCAAGGCACGGCGACAAUAUGUACUACGAGUCAUGCGAGCCAAGUAAGACGAACAUCUCAGAGUCUCAGAAGCAACUCGCACUCGAUGUGAAUUCCCGAAUCGCGAGUUUCUUGGUCUCAGGAGACCCGAACACGCACUUCACUCAAGACGGGCCAAAGUGGGAAAGGUACGAUGUUCGACAGCCAAAAGCUAUGGUAUUUGGGCUAGAGAAUAAAGAACUCGUUGGUGGAAAGCCUGGGCCUUCAUCGGUGCUGAUGGAUGAUGAUUGGGCAAGGAAGGAAAGUGAGUUCUGGUGGAGUAAGGUAGACAUAUCGCAGCAGUAG